CACCGCGGCAUGUUACAAUAUAUGCUUUCUUCAUCUCACGUGUCUUGAAAGUUGAAUCUUAGUCGUGACAUAUCACAGCAAUCGGCAAUCCGUAAUCGUUGAAUCCAUCAUCACUCAUCGCUUUUUUCAACUCCUGAUCGGUGGUCUGUGAAAGAUCUUAGAAUGUCGUUGAGUGCUGCCCGCCCUCUGAUCUCCGUCUACUCUGAGAAGAGUGUACGUGGCGAGACUGUUGUCUGUCUCCCAGCUGUGUUCCGAGCUCCUAUUCGUCCUGACAUCGUCUCCUUUAUCCAUCAUGAGAUUGCCAAGAACAAGCGUCAGCCUUACUGCGUCAAUGUCGACGCUGGACAUCAAACCAGCGCCGAAUCUUGGGGAACUGGUCGCGCUGUGGCUAGGAUUCCUCGUGUGAGGGGAGGCGGAACCCAUCGGUCCGGUCAAGCUGCCUUCGGAAACAUGUGCCGUGGCGGAAGAAUGUUCGCUCCGACCAAGACCUGGAGAAGAUGGCACAGGAAAGUUAACACCGCCCAGAAGAGGUACGCAAUCUGCUCCGCUAUCGCCGCCACAGGUGUUCCCAGCCUCGUCAUGGCCAAGGGACACGUCAUCGGGGACAUCACAGAGAUCCCCCUGGUGGUCUCCGACAAGGUCCAGUCCUUUGUCAAGACGAAGGAGGCAGUGGAGUUCCUCCGCAGGAGCAAGGCGUGGAAGGAUGUUGAGAAGGUGUACGCCACAAGGAGGAUGAGGGCAGGGAAGGGAAAGUUAAGGAAUAGGAGGCAUGUUCAGAAACUAGGUCCUCUGGUUAUCUACGACCAAGAUCAGGGUUUGACGAAAGCCUUCCGAAAUAUUCCUGGCGUGGACUGUAUUCAGGUGGAUGCUCUUAACCUACUUAAACUUGCUCCCGGAGGUCAUCUCGGUAGGUUCUGUAUCUGGACCGAGGCUGCCUUCAAGAAGCUGGAUGGCCUCUACGGUACUUGGAAGAAGAGUAGCGAGGCUAAGAACAACUGGAACUUGCCUAUGCCCAAGAUGGCUAACACUGACCUAAGUAAACUUCUUAAAUCUGAAGAAAUCCGCAAGGUGCUCCGGGCUCCGAACCGUACCGUCAGAAAGGCGCUGAAGACUAAAGCCAAUCCGCUGAAAAACAUUCGCGCGAUGUUGAAGCUGAACCCCUAUGCUGCUGUCACUAAGAAGAACGCUGAACUGGUUUCAGCUCAAAACUUACUGAAAAAAGCUGCUCUUGCUGCCAAAGCCCGUGGUGAAAAGGUAGCAGCCGACCCAAUGGCCAAGAGGAAUCUCAAGGCUAAGAAGAAAAAAGUCGUCAAAAAAUAAGAUAUUACAAAUUUUCUGAAUAUCUGAAUUUGUAAAAUAAAUCUUUCUGGGUUUUUC